AUGAGUGCAGGGACAAUGAACAAGGCUAGACAGCCUCCUCGCCUGUUCAGUGAUGUCGAGUGUUCGAUGAUGCAUUAUCAUUGUUCAAGACGGAAAGAGUCUGUCAAACAGCUGCAUGAAAUAUUUAAAGCGAACCCCCAUUCAUUACAAUUACUUUCUCUCGUCAUCCUCAGAUCAGCCUCAUCCGGUCGGCGAUAUCACCUACAACCGUACACUCGUCGACCGAGCCUUAUCCCUCACCACUACACAACUCAGGAAAUGCCCUUCCGAAGAUUCUCUGGAUGUCUGGGAUCCUCUUCCGAAGAAUUUCUACAACUGACUAUCGGAGUUUGCACAGAUCCUGUGGAAGGCCAACCAAACCACUGGAUUCUGAUGCUCACCGAUGAUGACGCUGAGUACGCUACAUGUUACCAUUCCUUGGGUGGUCCUACGAAACGCAGACCCUGGGAACUUGUGAUCGAGAGUGGAGAGCUAAGAAGCUGGGACGCCGACUACUUUUAUUACGUCGCUGAGAUAUCAGCGCGACAUCAACGAAAGGUGAAUGCUUCGGCGAAUAAAACUCCAAGUGGGUUUAGUCAAAGAUGGGUUGUGAGAGUGCUCUGGGAUCUGGAGCUGCAGAAAGUUGUUCUUCCUGGUACGACGAAGAGGAUCGCUCAAGCUGUGGAGGAGGAUCCUUAUGCUGAUGCAUCACCUAUUGUGGAAAAGCGCAAGGGUUUCCGGGAUCAGAUGUUUGACUGGGCAGAGAAGCAUUGCUUGUCUAGGCUUGGGUUACCUGGACGAUAG